AUGAUGGGUAAAACUGGAACCCGUUUUAGUAAGCGUCAAGCAGGCAUGGAGGUCACGCCUGUGUUAGCUAAAACCAAAAAAAAGGACAGGCAGACUACUCAGACAGAGGAUGGCAAUAUCAGCGAGAAAGUAUCUGAAACUGGGAAUAAUACUUGCCAUGAAGAAGAUCAAAUCGAGGAGCAGGAGUCAGAAGAAGGCAACAAUACAUUUGAAGAAGAAGAAUAUGAUGAAGCUUUGGAAGAUGAAGAUGUAGAACAACCAGAAUCAUCGCAUGGUCAGGAACAGGAAACCGUGCCUCAUCCAACAUCAAAAGCUCAGACUCAGCAGUUAGAGACAAAGAAAAGGAAGACUAGAGGACCUACUAGGAUGCGUAAAGUCGCCAAACACCAUGAUGACAAGGUGGAAGUUGAAUUCACAGAAAUUGGUGAACAUGUGGGAGGUGGGUCAGUAACUCUUUCUUCAUUUAUCGGACCUCUUGUAAGGGAGCAUGUACCAGAACUACUUAAAGACUGGAGAGAGCUUAGUGAAGAGACCAAAGACACACUCUGGGAGGAAAUUCAGGGGAGGUUUAACUUGACAGAAGGUUGGCAAAAGGAAUAUGUUUUUAAACAGAUGGGUCGUUUGUGGAGGACCUCGAAAUCUAGAUUAACCAAACUAGUUCAGAAUACCAAAUCUAAGGUGCAGCUACAAAAGCUAAAACCUAACAACAUUCAGUCUACAGCAGCUUGGAACAGUUGGGUUAGGUUCAGAAAUAGUACCGCCUUCAAGAUACAAAGUGAGAAGUAUAGGCAAUUGAGAAAGAGGCAGAUUCCUCACACAACCAGUCGCAAGGGAAUGGUUCGCCUUGCUCAUGAGAUGGAAAAAGUAAAAUCAAUUGAUAGUGAAAUGGAGUCCACAGCAACUACUAAUUUCAUAGAAGAUGCCAAGCUUGAAGCAACGCAAGCCGAGUUGCUAAGCAAGAUUGAAGACUUGCAAAUUGUAGUGCACGACUUAGCCGGCAAAAAGCGAGGCAGUGAUGAUGUUUCUGCUUCUGAUGUACCCGAUGGUAACAAAGAAGGAAUCAGGUGUCAGUUAUUAGACUGGUGUUCGUCUGAUGAUAUUGUGGUUGGGGAAGGAGAAUUAUGCUCUACUGAACAUAUGUACAAGAUUGGUCGUAUCCCACUUGGGCCUAAUGCAGCAGCUGUUAUAGUCAAGUCUGUAGCAAAACCCGAAGCAUAUGUUUGGAGGCCCACACCAACCAUACUAAUACUCGGAGACACCAUCGGACUCAAGAUUGCUUGGCCAGCUGAGAAGGCUGCGAAUGCAUCAACUGGAAGGGUCCAUAUUUUUGAUUGGAAUUGGGAGGGUGAGAUAAUUGGUGAGGGGAUUCUGUGUUCAACGGAUCCAAAAGAUUUGGUGAACAAUAUACCUCUAGGUCCAAAUGCUGCAAGUUUGAAGGUUGUGCAUGUGGAAAGAGGUAAUGCAUUUUUGUGGAGACCAAGUGCAGAAAUGUCAGUGUUGAGUGAUGCGCUAAAUGAAAACCUCGCGUGGCCAAUUGAUAAAGUACAAUUAGUCAACCCUGCUACAUCUCCUGAGAAGACAGCAAGGAAUUCACAAGCGGUAACAUCUGAAGGUAAUCUCACACUUCUUCUCCCAAUCCAGAUAUACAUCUGGAUCAUUGUUCCCAAGGAAUGGCGGAAUCAUCAUCAUGUAACCACUAAGAUCCUCAACUGGUUUCUUCUUAGAUGUGACCGGAUCCUUAGGUUGCUUCUGCUUUCCUUCUUUAACAUGUUCCCUCCGAUCAAACUCCUCAAUCAUCAUCUUCUUGAUUUGUUCCAGCAUGGUUUCGUUGAGGCUCUUGCUUGA